UGGAAGAGAGACAGGAAAAAAGAGAAAGAACCGAAAAAGAAACAAAUACCAAAGAAUAAAUUAUGGGUCGUUUACAAUGCUUUCUUUCAGAGACGUUAACACCCUUCUCCUUCCUUUGCUUCUUCUUCUGUUGGUUCUUCUGCUUCAGAACUGCUGCUUUCAACCUCACCACCCUCUCCUUUGAUGAAGGAUACAACCCUCUCUUCGGUGAUGGCAAUCUUGUUCGCUCGCCUGAUGGCCACAGCGUCUGCCUCCUCCUUGACGUUUACACAGGGUCGGGUUUUAUUUCAUCCAGUAUGUAUCAACAUGGAUUUUUCAGUGCCAAAAUCAAGUUGCCAUCAGAUUAUACUGCUGGAAUAGUGGUUGCCUUCUAUACAUCAAACGGUGACGUAUUCGAAAAAACUCAUGAUGAAUUAGACUUCGAGUUUUUAGGAAAUAUUGAAGGCAAGCCAUGGAGAUUCCAGACGAAUUUGUAUGGCAAUGGCAGCAUAAACCGAGGCCGAGAGGAACGCUACAGCCUUUGGUUUGAUCCAUCGAAGGAAUUCCACAGAUACAGCAUACUAUGGACGACCAAGAACAUCAUUUUUUACGUUGAUGAAGUUCCAAUUAGGGAGGUGAUGCGUAAUGAUGAAAUGGGUGGAGACUACCCAUCGAAGCCAAUGUCUUUGUAUGCCACAAUAUGGGAUGCCUCUAGUUGGGCCACAUCCGGAGGCAAACAUAAAGUUAAUUAUGAAUAUGCCCCAUUCACUUCCCAGUUUAAAGAGCUAGUCCUCGACGGUUGCCCUAUGGAUCCUAUCCAGCAAUUCCCCAACCCCACUGCCUGCUCUUUUACAGAUGCCUGGCUCGAGGACCGUGACUAUGCCGUCAUAACACCGGCAAGGCGAGCCGCCAUGCGCAAAUUCAGGCAGCGUUACAUGUACUAUUCAUACUGUUAUGACGCAUUACGUUACCCUGUAACACCUCCCGAAUGCGUAAUUGAUCCAAUUGAAAGACAAAGAUUUCAAGACACCGGAAGGUUAAAUUUUGGCGGAAGCCAUAGGAAGCAAACGAGAAUCACAAGAGCACGCCGGAAGAGAAGGUCAAAGGAUGCUUUCAUCUCCAAUGACCAGACUGACAUAUGA